GCUCACCAGCAGCGGCCGCACAGAUCUAAAAUAUAUACGCCCUACCAAUGCUGCUACAAACAUGAACUACAAAUUCGAUACCAGUGACUUGACCCGGCGUCUGAAACGAACUUUCGAUGUGAAUCUUUCCUACCGUAAACUGUUUUUGUUGCUCUUUGUGAUCGCCGUCUUCCUGCUGUACAUAGGACCAUCGUUUCUGCGAUGGUUGUUUGGCCACACGGAACCACUGAGAGAUCAACCGAUGCGUUGCAUGGACGAUCGAUUGACACCGUUCUAUCUGCAGAACCUCGAGUAUAACGUAAACAUUCGCCACCAGCCGGCUUUCCCUCAUGAACAUGACGCAAUCCCGUACGUUGGCAAUGGUUGGUUUGGGUUGGAAAUACACACCGAUGCUCAUCUAAACAUUUUCCUUGGUCGAGCACUUUUGCAACCCAUUCACUUCCAUCCGAUUGUGAGUGUGGCCAGCCCGGGACAGCUAGCCCGAGAGGCGACCGUCGUGGAAUAUCUUACGGGCAUCGUACACCGGUUUCAGUGCUUUCCCGAUGGUUAUCACGUAUCUUAUCAGUACUAUGCCCAUCGCACCAUGCCGUCCGUAUUGGUGCAGGAACUUCAGCUAACAAACACCAAGAACCAGCUAACGGAUAUCGAACUGAUUGUACCGCGUAUUUCGGAUUGGCCAUCGGCCAUCGUAAAAAACGUGAAGCUGCAACACGGUUCCGCCAUUUUGGAGUAUCAAGUAGUUACAGGAAUGAUAGAUAUGGUACCGACGGCAGGCAAUGCGGAAGACAGCAAGGUGCGUGUGGUAUCGAUUGUGGCUCGUAAAUUGCCCCGUAUCAUUACGUUGAAGAAAAGGGGCACCACCAAGCUGGAAUUGUUGCUCACGGUCAACUACUCGGAACCGAUACCACGUGACAAAUAUGCGGCGCAGAAAGAUUUCACCGAAAAGCAAGCACUUGAAGCCAUGAACAGAGCCCUGCUGGCAGCAGAACACGGCGAGCAUAAUGCGUAUCACAACUUCAAACGGGAUCAUAUUCUCGUUUGGAACAAUCUCUGGGAAACAGGAUUUCAUAUCAGCACCUCCAAGGCAGAAAACACUUUGAACGGUAACAACAUUAAUGCCACGAUGUACGCGGUCAUAUCGCAGGCCAGGGCGUACGAAUUUGAACAGUCAGUGACAACGGCCCGAAAGGAAGAUAUAGCCCGUUCACUUACGUACGCGGAAGGCUGCUACGACAGUUAUCACACGCUACAGGCAGAGAAUUUGUGGCGUCCGAUGAGUUCGUUCGAGGAACUGAAUGCUGUUGUGGGCUCCUGGAUGCUGACACUGGAGAAGCAAGGAUGUCACAACCUUAUCAAAGCUGGCGCUAGUGGCAUUGUACAGGCAAUGGUGCUUAGCUUUGGUGGAUUCCGUUUCAGCAAUCAGCACCUGGAGUUGAACAUCCAUCCGAAGUAUUUACACCGUGAUUAUGAUUUUCGCCGUCUGAAUUAUGGUAACAUGACGCAUCUGAACAUUUCGAUAACGGUUCGUGACGACAACAAAGCGGUGCUACACGUAGCGUUAGAUAGAUCAGACCGCAAUUACUAUGCCUGUGAUGCCGGGUGUUUAGAUGAUCCAGUGCAGCUGCGUCAGUCACGUGCCGUUUUCCCCGUCAAGCUUACCGAACCGGUCACAUCCAUACUGUACAUAACGUCGGAUAAAAAGCACAUGGAAGAUCUCCGGCAUGCAAUCCACGUGAAGGAGGUCGUGGAAGCACCGGCCCACGAGCAUCAUGUGAUCGCUCUCCAUCGACACGGCCAUCAUCUGGGUGGAUUACCGACGCUGUUUUGGGUUUCGAUAUGUGUUAUCAUUAUCGUGUUUCACGUCUUUCUUUGCAAGCUCAUAGUGAAGGAAUACUGCGAACCUCCGGACAAGAUGAGAUAUCGCUACAGCAAACCUUAAGCGGGAUUUUUUUUUUCUUUUGUAAAUAUUUAGUUUAUUGCAGAAACAAUUCCCA